AUUUAUUCAGUUAAGUUUAUAAGUUGUUACCGUUUAAUUAAGAGAACUUCUAAACGAAUGUCAUCAUUGUGAAGUGGCUUCUGUUCAACUACUCUCCAAUCAGCCGCAAAAUGACCGCAAUGUCACAAGUCAGCAUGCACAAUUUUUUUAACAACUCUCAACGAUGUGUGACCACAAUUUCAUCGGUUUAUUGCACACAGUAAUCGAUACGAAUUUAGCAAACACCAUAAUCGGAAAAAACCCUUUUAUGUAUGGUUUUUCGGUUUUUGGAAACUCACCAAAUAUUAGUUUGUUUCCUGGGCACUACUGAAUAUUUUUAGAGUGUUAUUUUGAAAUCGGUUGUUAACGAUAAUUCCGGCGUGGCUGGUUGCACUGUUGGCUAAUGUCGGGCGUGCACGUGAACAAUAUAGUGGGCGGCUAUAUAGUCACAAAUGAACCACUUGGAUACUUCAGUAAUCAGUGCAACAUUCAUUCUAGCCACAACGGACUGAUGAUUAGCUCAUGACUGCAACAGCCAGCUAGGACCACGGAUAUCCCGCAGAGUGCUCAAAUGAAUUCGCUCAACUUUAUUUUACUUUUGGUGUGCUUCACGCCAGUAUCACUACAGAACGGAGCAGAGAUUACAAACCUCCAAGGUGAUUUACUAAACUUGUUAGAGAUAAAGGAAAAGCCGAGCGUGGCAAGAAGUAGGUCUCAGGUACCGAAAUAUGUGAUGGACUUGUACAAGGAACAAGCUCAUACAACGGGCUUCACCAAGUUUGGCAAAUCUGCUCCUGGGAAAACCAUACGAACUUUCUUCAGAGGUACGUAAUUAUCCUCGGUAAUACAAGCAGUUUGCACUGAAGAAACCUACAUGAGUAGAUUAUCGAGCUACAUGAAUAUAAUAUGGUAAUUUGUAACGUUGUUAACCUCGUUAUUUAUCACUGCAGACACGAGCGUCAGCGAGGACAAGAGUCGCUUGUACUUCAACUUAUCGUCGCUUAAACCCAAUGAACAAAUAGAGAAAGCAGAGCUGAGAUUAUUUAAGAGACGUUCUAAGCUGGAGAACACUCAUGGUCAUUUUAAAGUGACAGUGUAUCGUUUGAAUCGCCGACCUGUAGAGGGUAACACAAGCUGGAAGAAAAAGUUGACUACAGUGGCUACCAAACAUGUUAAAUGUCGUCGAGUUGGCGGCUGGGUCGUGUUAAAUGUUACCUCAGCUGUGUCGUUUUGGAGUUCUUGGCCAUCACGAAAUUUCGGUUUGUGGAUCUCAGUCAAAGGAAUUGGAAUUCCAACUUCGGAUUUCUUCAUAGCAACUGGUGGUAGGAAAGAGCCGAUCUUGGUCAUUUACGGAGAUGAUAAGGACAAAAAGCAAGACAAAUCGUUGGGACCUUUUAGUGAGAUUCCGAACGAAACAAGGCAUAACGGCGAAGAUAAACACAACAAAGGUAAAGGCAAAAACAAGCAAGACACUUCUGGCAUAAUGAACAGAAGACGCAGAUCUGUGGGAGACGUUAGCUGUGCGAGACACAAACUGUUUGUGAAAUUUCGUGACUUAAACUGGGACAAAUGGAUUAUAGCACCUCGAGGAUUCAGCGCUUAUUACUGCAUGGGUACAUGUCCAGAAGUCAUCGAUAAAUAUUACGAUCCAUCAAACCACGCCAUAAUACAAAACCUCCUUCACCAUCGAUUAAAUAAGAACAUUCCUGCAGCAUGCUGUGUACCCACAAGUUUAAACUCUAUGAGUUUGAUGUAUUUUGAGCUGGAUGGAAGCAUUGUGCUAAAGGAAUACCCUGGUAUGGUUGCAUCGACGUGUGGCUGUCGCUAACAGAGUUAUAGUUUACCAAUAAACCUCGUCUGUAAAUGUCAGUCGAUUUAAAGUGAAAGCACAGAGAACAAAUUAAGUGUCAAAGAACAUAUUUAUAUUGAUAAAAGGUGUUUCGCACCCUAACACGAUAUCGAAAUAUAGUGAAUAAAUUGAAGUAGAGUAUUAUUGUGACCCGAGGCAGAUUCGCAGCGGUUAAUCAAAAGAUUGACAAAGUCAGACAUUUUUUCAGAAUAGUCAGUCUUGCUCGGGUGGUGUAACACGCUAGUUAAAGAUCGAUUGUACCACGCAAAUCUCCAGUCAGUGUACGAAAAUUAUCUGUAGACGAAGAGUAAAGAGAAGCUAUAAAUGGAACAGUGUAACCUAUAAAAAGUAUGACCGAUAACUAGCCUGGAGCGGCUGCUACUGUUCAAAGACAAUUUUAUUUAUUUCCGGUCAGGCAGUGAGCCGACGUCUAUUUCUCCAGAAAUUUGCAUUAAUUUCAGACUUAUUAUAUCACGCUUCUGUAAGCAUGAAUUCAAUAAAUUUAAA